AUGCCCCCUCUCCUUGCUCCCUCGUUGUACCUCUCUGCGACACUUGGGCCACGACAUGCCCCACAGCUUGGAGACACAUUCGGUGCGGUCCUGAUCGGGAACUUCGUCGGUCUCGUAAUGUACGGUAUCACGACAUGCCAGACGUAUAGGUAUCUUCGAAUGUAUCCAAAGGAUCGCCGGUGCCUCAAAGCAUUUGUGCUCGCUCUACUGGCUCUAGACACGCUUCACCUGAUAGAAAGCUCGCAUAUGUGCUACUACUAUUUCGUCACGAACUACUUCAACCCGUCAGCUCUCUUGUCCGGCACUUGGUCUGCGCGGCUCCUGUCCCCCACUAUGGGCGUAAUAGUCCUCCUGACCCAAGCAUUCUAUAUUCGACGCUUGUAUUUGUUGAACCAGCACCACUCCAGGCUGGUCCUCGGUUUGGUGCCUAUCAUGGUAGCAGCGAUGGGAUUUGCGAUCGCUGCGGGUGUGGAGAGCACAUUGAACGUUGCCGCUCUGAUCUCAAUGGUCGCCAGCAAGCACACUCUCCUCUACAUCGGGUUGAUCAUCCCAGCCACAAGAUCGUACCCGACCUCAGUGAUAGCCGUCUUGAAUUCGCGCAAGUCGUCAGUGGAGCGGAGAUACCAAAGCUGUGACUGGGAGACAAUUGGGCUGAGUACCCUCCAAUUCUCGGACCCGACAGUGAACAUGUCGGUGGGAUCUCCAAUCCUGCGACACCACGCUUCCACCGUAAUCCAGAUCAAGGUUCAUACCGAUAAGGAAGAGAGGUCGGAGACGGCUUCGGAGAUCAUGCUUUAAGCCAUUUUCUAUUACUUGGGAUACAAUUGUAUAGUAUGCGCUCUUAUUCCGAAACUCAUAUCGCC